UUUUGAAGCGACGUUCUUGUACCGUUCCAGAAAAAAAGCCAGGAGGAGGCGAAACACGUUUUCGUUUCGGGGAGCCAGCUGCACUGCACGUGUGUGCAGCAAGGUCGGUUUGGAGAUCAACACACACAUCAUCUUUCACCUGCUGCUGCCACAGCUAGAUACAUCUGCCGCGCCCACUGGAGAACGAACACAUCGACUUGCCCAGAUCCCACAGCAAGCCAGGACCAGUGGACGGGGAUUCGAAAGGAGAGGUAGCGAAAACACGGAACGGGAGAGCGAGUAGGGCGGACGGACGGACGGACCAACUGGACGACGGACGGACCAACCCUGGCGAGCGCUAAUAACAACACGUCUUCGCAAUGAGCAACUUCGUGGUUAACCAGAGCCUGUCCAUCAACCAACGGAGAAACGCCCGGCUGAACGAGUACUUCGCGGUAGUGGGACUACACGACGGGCCGCUGCUGUUGUCCGACCCUCUUCCAAACGAAUCUCCCCCCUCGCUCUCGCCGGGGAGAAGCUCAACGGUACCGCCACCAGCAGCAGACAAGAAGAAGAACGGGCAUGGGGCUGUUUUUGGGGACCAUACUGAGGGAGGGGUGAACUCGGGGGGCUCAAGCGGCGCUGCUGCUGCUGCUGCUGCUGCUGCUGCUGCUGCUGCUACUGCUGCUACGACGCCGGCGAUGAAGGGCGGAGGUAUCGGCGGUGGUAGUAGCCUUGGCAAGGGCAACGACACGACCAAGAGCAACGGAACGGCCUCGACCGUAGGGUCAAACAGCGACGGCGGCCGCAGCGACAGCAACAGCACCGACAGGGAAACAACAACUAAGACAACGGGGCGGCUGGCGGAAGGCGUCCCGCAGCAGGGGGGCACCACAGAGUCUGCGCCCCCCCCCACCCCCUUCGUGCGGCCAAACCUUGUCAAGCGACGGACGUACGGUAGCUGCGAGCUGGGAAAGAUUCAGGCUCGGCCCGGGGGGAUGAGCGGUCCCCUUCACACACGGUUUCGGGCGAGGGUGCUGCACAGGUUUCCCGGGUACGACCACGAGGGGAACGGGUGCGCCUUUCCGGCUAACCUGCCGCUGUUCUGCCUACCCGGCGGGCUCAAGCUGAGCCUCGAGAUGACCCUGCCCACGUUCUUCACGUUCGUCCACACCAGGGCUAACGGCCAGCACAUGUUCGGGUACUGCCUCUGCCUGCACGAGGGGCUGGUGGACGCCCACAACAAGGCGGCUUCGCGGGCGGUGGGGGGGGAGACCAAUGCCACGGAACCCUUGGCCACCUUGGACCCCGAGCGUGAGGUCUACGCACCGAAGUGCCUCUGCCUGCUGUCGACAUGGCCCUACUUCGGGCCGUUCCGGGAGUGGCUUCUAAACCUUUAUCGGAUAUCGCUGUCUCCUUUCCAGAUACCUUUGGAGAGGUAUGUCGGAAACUUUCUGCUGGAAGUUCCGACGCCUUCGCCCGGUAGAGUCGAGGUGCUGUACAAUAUGGGCAACACGAUAAUCACGUUCGCGUGCCCCCCGCCCAACAAGCCGGUGGCGUGGGGCUCGGUCCCCUUCGAGCCGCUCUUCCAGUGCCUCAGCCACGAGAACAUCGUCACCCUGGUAUCUUGUCUUCUGCUAGAGAGGUCCAUCUUGCUCAAAAGCUCACAGCUCAGCCUACUCACGCCCUGUGCUGAGGCGAGUAUUGUGCUGACCCUAGUGUUGUACCCCUUGAGCUGGAGCCACGUGUACAUCCCCGUGUUGCCGGAGGCAUUGCUGGGAGUUCUGGCGGCUCCGAUGCCUUUCCUCAUUGGGGUGCAUAGGAGUUUCGUAGAGGGCACCGGCAUGGACGUUGCGCCUGAUGUCGUGCAGGUGGACCUCGACAACGAUGUGGUUGAGAUGGGUGGUGAGGAGGCGGCGACGAUGCCUCGCCUGCCGCAGAAGCGAAGGUCGAAGCUGCUCGCCAAGCUGGCAGAACACGCGCAGCUCGGUCACUGCAGAACUCCCGCAUACCGACAAGACGUGAUGCAGAAGAGCGAUUUGGCGUUUCCGAUGGCCAUCAGGCCUUGCGACUUCGACGACGAUGAGCUGGAUACGCCACCUCCCGACUGGGAUGCCGUCCGGGAGGCGUUCUUGCGUUUUUUCGUGACGUUUCUGUCCGGCUACCGGCGGUGCCUGGUGUACCCCACGAAAGCCAACCCCAACCCCGCAAGGCUGUUCAACGUGGACGACUACCUCGACAAGCUGGACCGGGACUCGAGACCAUUUGCAGAGAAGUUGUGCGUCACACAGGCGUUUCAGAACUUCAUCGAUGCGCGCAUUCAGCCGGAAACGUACGACCUAGACGUUGUCUUCUUCGAUGCGUGCAUAGCAGCCAAGCGCAACCGCAGCAUGCUCCACGUCACCAAGAAGUCGGACGCCAAUUUCUUGCGACCUGACACGUUCGUCAAGGCGAAGACGGUGUUCGCGCUAACCCCAGACACGACGGGGCUUGACAUGACGGCCCCCGCAAGGUCGCACGAAAGCUUUCCAGCCCUCUCUCCGGCACUGUACCCGAUCCCGCGGGACAUCCCCUCCCUGUCCAACCCAACAAACUACGACUCGGGGGGGGGCGGUCCAAGCAAGGGCAAAAGCAGAGGCGGUAGCACCAACGGCAGCAGCGGCGGGAAUGCUUACAGGAACGAAGGCAGCACGUUCAACAAGUACUUCGGGGGGAGUUCAAAGAAGGGGGACAGGGGAGGGGACGGGAACGCGGGGAGCGGGGAGGAGGGGGGAGCGGGGAAGCUGAGCUCCACCUCGUUGGCGGGGCGGCGCGGGGUGUUUGCGCGAUUGGAGUCUUCGAGGGGGGGGGGGGACGACGACUGGAGCCCCCUUUGCGCAGAGGCUACGGUGUUCGCCGUGUUUAUCGUCGGGUUCUGCGCGACAAUCGGGGUGGAUCCGGGAAGACCGAAGCGAGGAGCGGGGUUUGCUCCCAAGGGGUCUUCGGAGCCCCCGCCCCCCUCCUCUCCCCCAGCGGUGGCGACUUCUCGCGCCACUGCUAACACCGCCGCCGCUGCAUCGCUGACGCCGGUUGCGGUUACGGCUGCGGUGGCCGCCGAAGAAGCGGCUCGAACGACACCACCCACGCCGGACGAAUCAACGGCGGCGGCGGCGGCGGCGGCGGCGGUGGCACCAGCGGCGACACCGCCCCCGCCUCCAGCGGCGGUUGCGAUAGGGUCCACACCGGGCGGUUCAACAGGGUCCGCACCAACAGCAGCAGCAAUGGUACUGGCAGGUGUAGCAACGUCGGGUGCAGCAGCAGACGUGCCCUCGGGGGAGAGCUCGGCUGAAGGGUUGCCCGAGGUUGUGCCGGCGAAGGCACCACCGGACGGCAUCGUGACGGGGGUGGUGGCAAUACCAGAGGAGGAGGGAACAGCGCCAGUGGCGAUGGCAAUGGUAGAGGAACCUAUCGAGGUUUCCACAAGUCUGUCUCCUGCCGCACCCAGUGGGAGCAGUUUGCAGGUAGAAGCCGCGAACGACGCGAAAGACGCGAAAGACGCGAAAGACGCGAAAGACGCGACAGCCACAGCAACGCCGACAGCCACAGCAACGCCACCAACGGAGGGAUUAGCCGCCGUAGAUAGCGACACUAAGAUCCCAGUAGUGGCUCAAGCAGCGGUGGGACUGGAGGACGCCUCGACGGCCCGGGGGGAAAGGUCUCGAGCGGUUUCCGCUACCGGCGGCGGCGGUGGUGGAGACGGCGGCCGCGAUCGUGAUGCUGUUGACGGACAUGUCCCUGCCCCCGCUGUCGAAUCAACGGUAGUGGUUGUCAAUAGCGGUAGUGUUGGUGCAGCAGCGGUGACAACCGGUACCAAGGGCGUGACUGCCGCUGUCGCCAACAACGGCGGCAGCAGCAGCAGCAGCAGCAGCAGCAGCAGCAGCAGCAGCAGCAGCGGCAGCGGGAGCGGCAGCGGGAGCGAGGAGAGCAAGAUCGGCUCCGUCGACAUGGGCGUUCGGAGGGCAAGCGUGGGUCCGUUCUCCGACACCGCGUCCUCUUCCGCCUCUUUCUCCGCCUCGUCGUCGUCGUCUUCGCUCUCCGCCCCUCCAGCCCUUCUGCCCGCCCUCUCCUUCAGAUCGGUGGCCGUUGCACAGGGCGCAGCGGCAACGGCACCGGGGCCGGUAGCGUCGAACGCCGGCGGUAGCGGGGGAGAUGACAGUGCGGUACCGACGGUGCUCGAGGCGGAGAAGGAGGAGGAGGAGGAGGAGUCGGUGAGGGAGACAGCCAGCGGGAGGAUUGGCGGUGGCGUCAAGGUCCGAAAGUCGUCGAGGAUGGCUUCGUUCAGCGACCUCAAGCACGACGUGCAGGAGGAAAGGCUGUACAAGGCCAACGCAGCCUUGAUGGUGGCCUUCGAGGCGCUUGAUGCGAUGCGAGAGAAAGCGCCAGCGGGAGAGGAAGCCGUGUAUCGAAGCCUCAUCUCCGCCUGCGGUCGGUGCGGGAACUCCGAGAAGGCCAUGGCAGUUGUCGAGAUGAUGAUGUCGACCGGGAUAGUUCCGGACGCGAUGGUGUCGCGGUGCCUGGUGGACGCUUUCGCGAUGGACGACAGCUUCUCCGACGGCGGCGCCCACCCGCUCUCCCUCCUCGACUGGUCCAAGUUCCAGCCGAAGCAUCGGGACGGGAGGAGGUCUCACGAGCCUGCCGGCGGGCGGACCGAGCCGACCUUCAGCUUGAAGAGGAUGAUGAGGCGCUUCAACGACAAGUCAGAGACCACCAGCAACGCCACUCCUCCAAGGUCACCGUCAGUUGCCUCCGUCACCGACGCUGCGGUCGCGGCGGCGCCAACCAAGACUACCACCACCCGCUUUACGGCAAAGUCUACGGCUGGGUCGAUCGUGAUGACGCCGGAUUCUGUUACCCCGACCCGGCAUGCGUCGUCCGUUGCCUCACAGCUGGACUUCGGGAUUCUGGGCAAGCCCGUCUCUUCCUCCCCUUGUGUGGCCACGGAGGCUCGCGACUCCUUCGGUGCGAAGUUCGAGACUCCCGAACGGUGUGGUUCGGGGACGGCGGGUGGGACGGGGCGGGGGCGGCGGCGGUCUCGAUUACAGGAAGAGGACGAAGACGUCCGCCGCUCGUCGGACUUUAGAAUACGGCUGGAGAGAAGCGCGUCCCCUUACGCCAGGCGGCGGGGCAUGUCGAUGGUGCGUCCGUGGCCUUGGUGGUUGCAGCACUAG